AUGCCUCCUUUCCAGUUUCUUAUUGACAUCGCCUGCAUCGCGUACGCCACGCUCAUUAUCACCGCCACUAGUAUCUGGCAACAAUUCUACGACUAUAUUUGGUGGAGGGAGAUCUUGACGGACCAGUUCUACUAUGCCAGGCAACACCCCGAUAACGCGGCGGUUCAGUACACCAGAGGAACACAGGGGAUCAAGCUCGUCUUGGGCUACAUUCGUAUAUUCGGAUUCACCAUUGCAUCCAGCUUCGUCUUUUUCUUUGCCCUGUCUCUCGCGGCAAGUGUUUAUGGCUGGUUCGCCGCGACGCCGAGGAUGACACGUACCCUCUCUAUCAUCGGCAGGAUUCUGCCAGUUGUGCUCACAUGCAUUACCACCGGCUUGCUGCUUACGCCACUAGCUCAAGACUCGUUUUUUGUUUACAUGUUGAUCGCCAACAUACAAUUCGUUCUCAGCCUGCUCGGUAGCGCCAUUUUGCUCCUGAUGAUCUUGGCCCGAUACAUCAGCUCACGACGGAACCUUACGAGCUGGAAAGUCAUCUACGGCAACAACGGACCGUCGUUGCCCUGUACUAAUGACGGAGGGAGCAAGACGCGGUCAAUCUGGGCUGGCAGUUCGUCUAGUCGUGCUGCUGCACGGAGCGGAGCCUACAGUGCCUCAGGUCCAGCCAAGGCAUAUGACAAUUGGCUUGUGAUCCGGCUAUCCAUCGCCUUCGUUGUCCUCUGGUAA